AUGCUUCUCAACGACUCUCGAUUAGAUGUCAAUUGCCAAGACCGGGUAGAGCAGACUCCACUGCUCUACGCUCUGUUACAUCGCAAGAGCUCCAUGGCAUGCAAAAUACUCGAACAUUACGACACCUCUGCUAUUAUAAAAGACGAUCAAGGCAGAACGGCUUUAUGGUAUGCUAUCGAUAACUGCGAAGAGCGCCUUAUUCAACAGCUUCUCAAGAAAGGAAGCAGCAUUGGCGACCCCGACUACACGGGGUUCAGCCCUUUAAGUGUUGCAAUUGACCAGGGGAAUCUGGACUCGGUGAACAUGCUCCUCUCUUCUAUGGCACAGUUUGGACAGCGUGGGAGAUGUUUCCCAACAGCUGACGCUGAUGAAAUGGAACCUCCUCUAUGCUUGGCUGUGCGAAAGAGACAGGCAAAAAUAGCCUGUCUACUACUCUCCCAUGGAGACCAAGUGAACUCAAGAGAUUUUUAUCAAAGGUCCCCUUUACACAUAGCAGUGGAAAACGGCGAUAUAAAGAAUACCGCCAUGCUUCUCAGUUGGGAUGGGAUCGAGCUGAACACCACUGAUUUGUAUGGGCGCACUGCUCUCCACAUCGCCGCAGAGCUGGGACACAACGUUAUAUUCCAGCUUCUUCUUACUGGAACUGGUAUAAAUCUCAAAGCCGUGGAUCGUGACCAGCGCACAGUGCUUCACGAGGCAUCCAAAAACGGGAACAUCUUGAUGGUCGAAAUGCUCUUGAGGAUGAAGGAGGUCGAGCUGAAUGCUAAAGACAUUGAUGGUGCAACUGCUCUGUGCCUCGCUCGCGACAAGCAAAUAAUCCAGUUGAUAUUAGCUCAGGAUGGCGUGGAUGUGAAUGCUGUUGGGCUGACAGACACGGGAGCACUUCAUCACGCAGUGGAGGAUGCGGACUUUUUGACAGCACGCAUUCUGCUUCAGCACGUGGAGCUCAACCUCAAUCAAAUGGACCAUAUGGAAUGGACACCCCUCUGUCAUGCCACUUUUAAUGGGGAUUUGGCUAUGGUGGAACUACUUCUUAGUAGAGCGGACAUUGAUGUUAACAAGUCGAAUCCUUCACCACUGUUCAUCGCAGCACGUGACGGACACGUCCAUAUUUUUAAUCGACUAUUCAGGGUGCAAGGUGUGAGUCUUCACCAAACAUGGUGUGGUGAAUCACCGCUGGAGGUUAUUGCCAGCAGAAACCGCUGCGAGUUUGUGAAGAUUCUCGUUGAGCAGCACAGAAAGCAAGACCCGGGCGUCUCUACCAGUUGUGUUGCUAGAGCACUCGAGGUCGCUAAGCAGUGGGGGCACUCGGAUCUCAUCAGGCUUCUGCUCGACAUCAGUCCAUCUAACGGCAGUGCUAGAAGUCAUCUUCAUAACCCAUAG